AUGUCGAGCCGUCUACAAAUCGACUCUGUCAUCGAUGAUGACGAUGAGUUUUGCCCCCUUUGCAUUGAAGAGUUCGAUCUGUCGGACAAAAACUUCAAGCCCUGCCCCUGUGGGUAUCAGAUUUGCCAAUUCUGUUACAACAACAUAAAAACCCACAGCGAAGAAGGCCGGUGUCCCAACUGCAGACGCCCCUACGAUGACAGCACCAUACAAUAUAAGGUUCCCGAUGCGGACGAGUUCAAGGCGGACUUGGCAUUGAAACAUCGCAAGGCUGCGGCCGCAAAGAAAAAAGAGGUCGAAAAACGCGAAAUCGAGGCCUCCAGUCGGAAGAAUCUGGCUGGUGUCAGGGUCGUGCAGAAGAAUCUGGUGUAUGUGAUCGGCCUCAACCCCACAAUACGCGACGAGAACCAGCUCCUCCAGACACUUCGUGGACCGGAAUAUUUUGGGCAGUAUGGAGAGAUCGAGAAGAUCGUUGUCAGCAAGGCAAAGCCCGGUGGCAAUCCCAACCAGGGUAUAGGUGUCUAUGUUACCUACUCCACCAAGUCGGAUGCCGCAACGUGUAUUGCUGCUGUGGACGGAUCGGCGAACGGCGAUCGAGUCCUCAGGGCACAAUACGGCACGACGAAAUACUGCUCUUCAUUCCUUCGUAAUGAACAAUGCAAUAACCGAAAUUGCACUUUCCUCCACGAGACCGGCGAAGACAGCGAUAGCUAUACUCGGCAAGAUUUAUCCUCUAUGAAUACGAUUUCGACUCAGCGCUCAGGACAUCCGAACGGCCCGCCCAACGGUCCCGGCAACGGUAUUCCCCCCCAUGUCGCCCGCUCAUCGGCCCAGCCGAUUUCUCAAGCCCUACGCCGUCAACCCAGCAAGGAUGAUGCAGCCAGCCGUCCGCCAGAUGGACCCGCUCUCCCAUCGUCCGCAAGUUGGGCAAACAAGGACGCUCCGAUCAACCGUGCACGACGAGGCAGCUUGACUGGUAGCCAGUCUUCCCAGAGUCCGCGCCCUGGCGUUGCUACGGUUGCCACUGCUACGGAGGAAGCGAAACGCACUGAGAAGCAGCCGCCCGCCACACAAGAGCGCCGUCAAACUUCGUCACCGGCAGAUGCACGAUCUUCCCCGUCCGCAUCUUCCCGCAAGGAGAAGCCCGAGAAGCCGCCCGCAGACCCUGAAGCUCCGCUGCUGGAGAAUCUUCUCAAUGCAGUCAAUUCUCCUGGUUUCAAGUUCGUCUUUUCGACGGCAGGAUUGUCUGCGGAAGAUAUGGCUUUGAUCGAAAAACAUGCCUCGUUCAUCGAUCCGUACGGUGGUGUUAAGCGCAGAGCGAUGCGGGAAAAGGCUGAGCAGGAACGUGCGAAACGGGAGCAGGAACUGCUGCUCUCUGCUGCUGUUGAAGAGGAGGGUAGAGAAAGUGGGAGUCUCCAGCUCGGUGGUGAGCCAGAUGAUGCGCUUCCUGCUAGAGGCAGGGAAACCCGUGAAUCUCAUGGUGCCAUCCAGCCACCAUCCCAACAGGGAACCACCACUAACUCUGCCGUUGGAUCGCCUAUUUCAGCAACGAACAAUCAGUUCCAGAACCUCAACCUCCAAGGUCGCAGCCUAACGCCCCUUCAGCAACAGCAGUUGAUGCUUCUAAAGUCUGCCAACAAUCAGCAGGCUGGUUUGGUGGAUCCUCUGCAAAGUGCUGCGUUUGACCAGGCGGCCCAGGCUCGCAACAGUCUUCUUCAAAACCAGUUAGCGCAGUACAAUGCGUUGCAGGCACAGAACCGCCAAUCUCGGUUUUCUUUUGCCAACGAGGCCAAUGCCAAGAACCUUCCCAACAUCCGCAUGUUAAACCAGCAGGCGUCUUUGAUGCAAUCUGGAACUCCGAACCCGUUGGCCGCGCCCACUCCCCAGCACGGUCUUGCCAACAACUACUACACCAGUGGAGUCCAGGGUCCCCCUCCCGGCCUGAAGACUGCUGGAACUCCUCCCAUUAGCGGAGGCGGGAUGUUCGCCCAAGGCCAUGGGUUCACCAAUGCCAAUCUUGCCAACCUCGGAAAACAGGAUGCCAAUCCAGAGUUGAUGCGUGAGCUGCUGCGUGGUCGCAGUGGUACGAAUACCGGUGGUUUACAGAGCCAGGAGGCUGCGAAGCUUGACGAAGAAUUCCCACCUCUCGGUGCGCAGCCCAAGGACAAGCGUCCAGUCGACAGUUUUGGAUUCCUCUCGCGCGCUCAGCAUCUCUCCGACUCCCACGGGUCGAUUCGCACCGGAACUCCAACGCUUCCACCAGGGCUUCCCUUGCCGCAGUCUCAUCUGGCAUCAUCUCUGCUGCAAAGUCCGUUGAACCCGUCAAGUCCAGCGACGUCAGUGCCUCCCGGCUUGAGUCACCCAUUCUCUCGGGUUGGCACACCGUCCCAGUCUCAAGAAAUCAUUUCCCGACGUCAAUCACCGGAACCUAAGGAGACUCCAGAUGCUGCGCCUUCGUCGAGCAGGGUCAAGAAUGCUUCGCAGAUCUCGCUGGGCUCGCCCGUGUCAAAGUCCGCUAGCAAGUCUCGAACUCAGUCUAAAAGUGAAUUGACGGCCAUUGGCGACAAGAAGGAAACACCUACGACUACGAAGCCAAAGCCAAUGAAACUCGAUCUACCGGACACUACCGCUCCGCCACCAGAAUCCUCUCCUUUCAAGGUGGAACCAUCGGUCCAGAGUGCUCACGGACAAGCGCCAUCAUCUGCUCUUGGCUCUCGUCCCAAUACCCCGAUGACCGGUGUUUCGCGUUUAUCUGAUUCGUCUGCCCCUCGUCAGCACCGGGUUCUUCGUGUUGUGGACACACCCAAGACCGAGACGCCACCCCCUGUUUCUGCCAAUCAGUCCGUGUCAUCUAACCAGGCGACAGCGAAAGCUCGUUCUAGGAUACCGAGUAUCUCUUCUAACAGUCGGCCAGAGACGCCAGGCGAUGGUGGGUCUGAAGUUGACCAGUACACGUCCGCAUCCGUCUCUCGUGCCAAUUCGCCUCCUGCGUCAUCUAGGAUCGGAUCUGCACCUGUGCGGUCCAUGACCAAGAGCCAGGCCAAGAAGGAAAGAAGACAGAAGGCGAAAGAGGCCGAGGCAAAGAAGAUUGAAACGGCAUCUGUGUUGGCGGAAGAACCAGUUAUUGCACCAAUCAUUGGACGCAAGCGUAAGACCAAGAAGGCGCCGGCCAGCACCAAUGCGCGACCAUCGAGUGCAGCUGCAGAAAGUACUGCUGAACCUGCCAAGUCUAACGAGGCCGCUGUCAAGAGUGUUGAUGAGAAAGCGCAAAAGGAGAAGGCGCAGGACAAGCAGCCCAAGGAGAGCAAGCCCAGUCCUACUGAGGAGAAAGCCCCUGUUUCUGAUGCGAAACCCGCUGAGGAGACGUGGCGGUCGAACAACACCGUAGAACAGAUGCUCAAGGACGCUGAAGCCAGUGAGAACUCGGUGAAGGAAUUGUUUUCAGAGCGCACACAUCCCCUACAGAUGUUGCUUUCUCAGCUUCAUAGAUCCGGGACUCUUGACCUCAACAACCACCCGUUGUUCAACCCGGCCAAUCUAAGUCAACGGUUCGAUAUGAAAUGCUUGGCAGAAGACUAUGAAACGUUGAAGCACCCAAUUGAGUUGACGGACGAAGAUCGCAAGACUCUGCUUCGUGGAGAGCCAGUCCGUAUCAACGCAGACUCCAACAUGUUGAAGGAUCGUUGUCUCAUUAGUCCCCGGGGAUGCGUUUUGCACCACUUGUCGCCCGAGGAGGAAGAGAGAUAUCUCGCUCUGGAGAAAAGCAUUGCGUGGACCGUCGAUUCCUUCCAAGAAUAUCCCGCCGCCCCCAUCACGGAACCCGAUACGACCAACCGUGGUGGUGGUCUCGAUGCACUCUUUGCUACGCCGGAGAAUUUCAACCUCUGCUGGGUGGACGACGCUGCGGCCGGUCUUACUUCGGGGUCCCCCACCGCAUCCUUCUCAGGAACCGAAAACAUUGCCCCUGGAAACCCUCCCAACGUCCUCUCUGCAAUGGAGGCAGACAGCACCCGAACCCACAACUGGGCCAUUGCCAACACUGCUGAACUGGUCAACGCAACGGCUGCUUCUGUCCGGUCCUUUGCCGCAGCUACCGCUAAGCACAUGCUUGGUGCCGCCGGCGUGGUUAUGGGCCAUAUCCCCGAUCUCGACGACGUUGUCGGCAUGACAGACGAAGAGCUGCGUUCGUUCGCCAUCAAGUCGCAGAAGGAACUCGAAACUUCACGGAAGGAGCUGGAUUCGAUUGAUAAGAAGCUUAAUGCGUUGGUGAAGCGGAACAAGAAGCUCGCUCAGCAGGCUUUGGCUACGGCUGUUGAAGGUUAA